UGAUACAUAGCCUGUAUGAUGAUUGUCCUACAGACAGUGAUACACACAGGAGCACAUAUCUUCAACGUAGAAAGAUACUUUGAGUCGUAUAACAGUCGUUCAGAGGAGGACAGAGACUUACUGAGAGCCCUCAAUGCAUUGGGACCAUCAAAUAACAACACCUACCUCAACUUCAUCAGGGAUGACACAGGGGAUGUUAUACUGGAGACCCUCAAGGUGGUAGCUGGUGUGAGUGGGAUAGUCAUAACUCUUGCCCUAAUCAUCAUGGUAACAUCCUCAACAGAAUUACUCAGACGGUCCUACUUCGAAGUGUUUUGGUUCACACAUCAUCUAUUUGUCAUAUUUUUCAUUGGUCUCGUCGUCCAUGGUGUUCAGGGAAUUGUGAGACGACAGAGCAACACAAAUGUCCAUAACCCUGAGCAGUGUUACCAAAGAUUCAAUGAAUGGAACAAAGUUCCUGAGUGUCCCAAUCCUCAGUUUGAGGGACUCGCUGCUAAUGCCUGGAAGUGGACCCUGGGGCCUGUCCUCCUCUACAUUGUGGAGAGGAUUAUACGAUUCUACAGGAGUCAGCAGAGAGUAGUUAUAACAAAGUUGGUGAAGCAUCCAUCAAAAGUGUUCCAGCUACAGAUGCAGAGAAAGGGAUUCAAGAUGAGUCAAGGACAGUACAUAUUCCUUCACUGUCCUUCCAUAUCCAGGCUUGAGUGGCAUCCUUUUACACUCACAUCUGCUCCUGAGGAUGACUACUUUUCCGUCCACAUCCGGCGAGUAGGAGACUGGACGGAAGCUCUAGCCAAAGAAUGUCACGUGGACGACACUGAGGUCCAGGAGCAAUGGAAACUACCUCGAGUAGCAGUGGAUGGUCCAUUUGGAACUGCUACAGAGGACAUCUGCUUGUACGAGGUGGAUGUUUUUAUAGCUGCAGGAAUUGGAGUGACACCUUUUGCUUCUAUUCUUAAACAUAUCUGGUAUCUCCAUAUGGAUUCCAAGGCAGAAAUGAAGCUUAAGAAGGUGUACUUCUACUGGGUUUGUCCUGAUACCAAUUCCUUUGAGUGGAUGCAGGACCUGCUACAAGAGUUUGAUCAGCAGCAAGGGGGGGUGCCUGACCGUGAAAAAUUUCUACAAUACUUCAUAUACCUAACCCGGGGUUGGGACAAAAACCAGGCUCAGAACAUCAUCCUACAUGAAGACGAGGAUGAGAGUGACCCUGUGACAGGAUUGCAGCAGAAGACACAUUAUGGUCGUCCUAACUGGAAUGAAAUAUUCAAAGGUUUAGCCGCUGAAAACAAAGGGACCAGUAUAGGUACAUUUUUCUGUGGUCCGAGUGGACUGUCCAACACCCUCCAUCAAAUGUGUAACAACCACUCAGAUGCCAAGGAAGGCACUAAGUUCUACUACAACAAAGAAAACUUCUAGCAGCUCAAACAUCUGACACUUGUCAAUAUUGUGCGUUACUCUGUCCUGUGUGAUUAGUCCCUACUGAAUGUCUCCACGGCCCAAUCCUCCAAGCUGUCUACUCACUAGCAUCAAAAAGAUUAUAUUCACACUAUUUAUACUUCAUCUUGUAUAUAUAUAUCUAUAUAUCUAUAUCUAUAUAUAGCGAUGUUUUUGAAUGUUAAUGUGGGGAUUAUUUGCAGGUCAAAAUAUCCUUUUUAAAAUCAAUGAGAGAUACAUGUUUAAAUGUUGUGGACUGUGUAUAUAAGCAUAAGGAAGCAUAUUGGAGACCCUACAAAUGUGUUUAGAGAAGACUUCUGCUGAUAAUGUAAAGAUCAAUCUGUGUCAAGCUGUGCAUAAACUGGUGAAAAGGAUGUCAAGAUCUAUGUAAGUGUCCAGCUGUUCAUAAGAAAAAGAUUUCAGUAAAAGUGAUAUGUGAAUCUGUGUCCAGCUGUGCAUGUGUGGGGCAUGAAUAUGAUAAAUGUAGUUUUUGACUUGCAAUUUAUGCGAGAUAAAGGUUUAUUAGAUAAAUAGAUAGGUAAUCAGUGUACAUGUAAGGUAGUAUUGAAUACCCUGUAAUACAAUGAUCUAAAUAACCUGGCAAAUUUCAACUGGCCAGAAUAUUUAUUAGGGCCCCGCAAAAUACAGGUGCCCUAUAGUAAUUACGGUGUCCUGCAGUCUGUCUGUCAGCACUUUUGUUUCUGGAGAUAAUCUCAUGAUCCAGAUGGCCAAAAGUUGUGAAAUUUUACAUGGUGAUGCACUGUGAUGUGCAGAUGUGCAAUAGGGGUUUCAAAUAUUCCUAAGGUCAAGGUCACUGUUACAAAAAACGGAAUUGGGAAUAUACUGUCAAAAAUACAUCAUAUAAGGCCCUAACAGAAGGACAAACUUUCUGUAAUUUCUUGUGAUAAUACACUAAUUAUAUGCAGAUGUGCAAUAGUGGUUUAAAAAAUUUCUAAGGUAAAGGUCGCUGUUACUAAAAAAAGAACCAGGAAUAUACUGUCAAAAAUACAUCAUACAAGGCCCUUACAGAAGGCCAAAUUUUCUGAAUUUUCACAAGAUGGUUCAUGUGCAAUAAGUAGGAGUUUAAAACAUUUUGAAGGUCAACGUUGCAGUUACUUUAAAAUCGAACAGGACAUAUACUGUCAAAAAUGUAAUGUAAAUGGUCCUUUUUGAACAGUCAAUUAUCACUUUUGCUUGGUGCUUAUACGGGAAACACACUGUCAGGCAUACAGUGGGGCCCUUACUGACCUGUCAGUAUUCUAGUCUUCAAUACUAGUAUACUAGAGAUGUGGUGGUAUCAACUAGUCAAUAUUUUUACAUAAACAUUUGCAUUAUUAAAAAAAAAGUAUACAGGAAUUCAAAAGAGCUUUUUUGUUACAAAGUGGACUCAUCCUGAAAUAAACAACAUGCUAUUAGUACUUGAUGUUUGAUCUUAUUACCAGAUCUUACAACAAAUUAUUGAUGAUACAAUAUAAAAUUGAUGAUACAUACGUGGUCUCUCAUUGUGUCAAUUCUGGAAAGAAUUUAAGAUGAAAUAUGAUCACACAUCUUAUAUAUAAAUAUAGACUGAAUUUUACAAUCAUCACAGUUUAUCUUCUCAUUAUAUGGAAGUGGAUGUAAAGGCAGGGCCCUGCAUCCACUAAAAAUCACAUCCUCUUAGAUAUAGGUCACUGGAUAUCUAUAAUAGAGUUCAGUGGCAUUCACAUUUAAUUAAUUCUAAUUAUUUUUAUUCCAUUUAAAAAAAUUAUAUGUGAAUACAUUUUACUGUCACCCAUUAUUUGUGUAAGAGUUAUCACCACGGAGUAGACUUUCAUACAUUACCAGUAGCAUUAUGUUUGUGUUGAAAUUGACUUGACGUGUACAUUCCAAAUAUGUAUUCAAUUAAUAAGCCAUGAAUUCCAAGUUUUGUUUUCUAUAUCAGACAGUUUGAGAUGAAAUAAAGCUAUUUGACAUAUCAUUAAAUACAGUGUAUCUUUAAAUAUGUCAUAGUUUUAAGAUCAGUUUAAUAGCUAUUGAACCAUAGGUACUAGCCAUGUCUAUCAAUACACCUAUACUAUUAUAGGUGUAUUGAUAGACGAGGCUAGUACCUGUGAUUGAACAUAUGAAUCUGCUUGUUGAUUAGCAGUGAUAUUUCACUGAUUGUUGUAUUGUUUAUGUCGUUCUUACUUUUGUUUUAAAUAGUACAAGCACAAUACCUGUGUACCACUAUCUGAUUAAAAUCAUCUGUUAGGCUCUGUUAACUUCAUACUAUGCCAUGAACAGAUGAUUUUAAUCAGAUUGUUGUGUACCAGUGCAGCUUCCAAAAGUGUCUUGUUGUAGAAAGUAAACACCCUGGGUGUUACCGUGUCAAAUAGGAUUUUAAAAUGUCAGACAGCUGAUGGCAGAUCAAAAGGAAUGGGCUACCAAGGUUGCCUUUCUGUUCUGAAAUGUUCUUGCACAUCACAUCAAUUCUUGUUUGUCAUUUUAGUAUGCAUCAUGAAUAUAUGUGAUUGUUUAACAUCCUGAUUUAUUGUUUUUGUUGGAAUAUCUUACGUACCCCAGGUAUUAGUGAUACAAGUAAAAUAUCUUACAUACCCCAGGUAUUGGUGAUACAAGUAAAAUAUCUUACAUACCCCAGGUAUUGGUGAUACCAGUAAAAUAUCUUACAUACCCCAGAUAUUGGUGAUAC